AGCAGCGCUGGCGGCGAAGCGAAAGAGAGGCUCGGAGGGGGCCGGGCCCAGCGCGGCGCGGACACGCCAGGCCGACUCCCGCUCGGCAGGCACGCAGGCAGGCAGGCCGGCGCCGAGCCAUGAGGAGGCGGCGGCGGGAGGAGCAGCAGCCGCAGCAGCCGCGCCCCGAGCCCUGAGGGGAGCCGAGCCAGGCCGAGUCCCCUAGGCCCGAGCCCGCGAGGAAGGCGGCGAGGGGAGCCGGCCGGCCCGGCCCAGCUCGGCCAAGCCAUGGACAACCAGUGUACAGUCCAGGUGAAGUUGGAGCUUGGACACCGUGCCCAGCUACGCAAGAAGCCCACCACUGAGGGGUUCACCCACGACUGGAUGGUGUUCGUACGGGGUCCGGAGCAAUUUGAGAUCCAGCACUUUGUGGAGAGGGUAGUCUUUCGACUCCAUCAGAGCUUCCCUAAACCGAAACGUGUUUGCAAAGAACCCCCUUAUAAAGUGGAGGAGUCUGGCUAUGCUGGCUUCAUUAUGCCCAUUGAGGUCUACUUCAAAAAUAAGGAGGAACCGAAGAAAGUUUGCUUUACCUAUGACCUUUUCCUAAACCUGGAAGGAAACCCCCCGGUCAACCAUUUGCGAUGUGAGAAGCUCACCUUUAAUAACCCUACCAAGGAAUUCCGUCACAAACUCAUCAAAGCUGGAGGGGUGAUGGUAAUGCCAGAAGGUGCCGAAACUGUGUCUAGGCCAAGUCCUGACUACCCUAUGCUUCCUACAAUCCCCCUCUCUGCCUUCUCUGAUCCAAAGAAGUCCAAACCAUCUCAUGGAUCAAAGGAGGGGAACAAAGACGGCAGCAAAGCCUCCAAGCCGCACAAGGUCACCCGAGAGCAUCGGGAGAGGCCCAGGAAAGAUUCUGAGAGCAAAAACUCCUCUCGGGACCCGGAAAGGGAGGCCGGCAAGCCUGCGAAGGACCCCUCCAAGAAGCACGCUGAGAACAAAGUGCCCAAGGAGGAGAAGCCGGUCCCCAAGGCUGCUUUCAAGGAGCCCAAGCUGGCCCUGAAGGAGCACAAGCUGGAGAAUGCCUCUCCCAAGGGUGGACCCCCCCCACCCGAGGGGAAGCCCUUGGCCAAGCGGCCCUUGGCGGUGGAGUCGCCGAAACCCAGUGCCAAAAAGCUGAAGAAGAACAGCUCAAAAGGAGCCAAGACCGUCCCCGCCAACCCCCACCGGGCAUCCUCGUACACCGAGAAGAAGCCGGCGAAGGAGAAGCCCGGCACCAAAGCCGAGAAGGCCAAACCGGAGAACGACACCAAGGCGGUCAAGAAGCCUGUGGAGGUGGCCGUGGCCGAGGAGUCCAACUCGGAGGAUGAAGCCUCGCUCAAGUCGGAGUCUGCCGUGUCCAGUCCUUCCGGCUCUGACUCCGACUCCGACUCCAGCUCCGACUCCGAUUUUGAGCCAUCUCAGAACCACAGCCAAGGGCCGCUACGCUCCAUGGUGGAGGACCUGCAGUCGGAGGAGUCGGACGAUGAUGACAGUUCUUCUGGAGAGGAGGUGGCGGUCAAGUCUACCCCCAUCAGCAGAGAGGCCAGACUCAGCCACAGCGACAGCGACACCGACAACAGCGCAGACUCUUGCCUGCCGAGUCGAGAGACUCCUCCCCGGCAGAAACCGCCCUCCUCUAACAACAAGGUGUCUGGGAGAAAGAGUCCGGAGUCCUGCAGUAAACCAGAAAAGAUCUUAAAGAAAGGGACCUACGACAAGGCCUACACAGACGAGCUGGUGGAGCUUCACCGGCGGCUGAUGGCUUUGCGAGAACGGAACGUGCUGCAGCAGAUUGUAAACCUCAUUGAAGAGACAGGACAUUUCAACGUCACCAACACCACCUUUGAUUUUGACCUGUUCUCCUUGGAUGAAACCACCGUCCGCAAGCUGCAGAGCUACCUGGAGGCUGUGGCUACGUGACCUUUGGCCCGCAAGCUUCUCUCUUGGAACCGGCAUCCCCGUCUCUUUGGGAUUAGGAAAGGAACCCGUGAAUUUUGGCCGCUGCCUUAUUCUCUUGUUUCACCUGAAGCACUGCCUUAGGGAUCAGCCACGCUCUAGGAACACGCCGCUGCCGCCACCGACUCCGUUUCUCCUUUCGGGCUUCAGCUGAGCGCUCGUCUCUGGCCAUCCUCCCGCCUCGUCCCGAAGCUUGCCUGGGACCAGCCGGAGCGAGAGCAGGGUUGGUCCUGGUGCACAAACUGCGCUCGUCUUCGUUUCCUACUCCCAGGCCUUCCACGUAGGGCGAGAGAGCCCAUGGGUGUUUCAAGGAAUGCGCUCGGGAGGCGUCCUCUUGAGCCUGGGAUAAACGCAGCGCUUAUUUCCGUUGGACCUGCGGCCACUUGCCUGCGGUCUCCGAGGCUUCUCCCCACGCCACCCGCCCCCCCCAGCCGCCUCGGGCAACGAUCAGGCCCCCUUGGGCUUGCCACAGUCUAACCGUGUCGGAGGCCAAAGACCUCUGCCCUGCCGGCUGCCGUGGGUCCAGGGGACUUGGCUUGGUGCUGGGCUUGCAGCCUUCUGGAUGCAGGUGCCAUGCUCUCGGACGGGCAGGCUGGAAUGCCAGGGAGCUCUGGAGGGGUUUCCAGACUAGCGCUGCUGAAGACGCCGCCUGCGCCCUGGCCCUCCAGGCUUUAGACGCUGCGCGGGAUCCUGUCUCUUGGAAGAAAGCCUUCCUCUUUCCCCUUCUCGGUCUGCUUUGACUGUAAGGACUACAUUAUUGUAUGCUGUCUAUUUUAUAUAUAUACAUAUAUAUAUAUAUUAUAUAUAUAUAUGUACGGUGUGGAAAGACCUAAGUGGGUCUUAAGGUCUGAGAGGGUUAGGGAGGGCACGUUAAGGCUUUUUAAGAUUUAAAAAGGAAAAAGGUGGGCAAGGAGUGGUGAAGUUGGGCUUGUGCUAUUCUUUUGUUCGUUUGUCCAAAAUGUCUCUUGGCAAUUUUUAGCAUUUAGAAGCAGAGAAGCCAAAGGCCGUCGAUGUCUUUGUGCCGAGCUCUGGAAUGGACCCAUCUGUGCCGCGUUGGUUUUUUGUUUUUUGUUUUUUCAAUUUGCCAUCAGUGUUCAAGUAACCUUUUGCCAAAAUUGCCAUCCUGUGUUUGUUCAAAGAAACAUUUUCUCCUUUGGCCUCCACACUAGCAAUUUGGAGGGGAAGAGGAGAUAAAUCAUGGAAACGUUUUUUUCUUUCUUCUUAUGGAGUACCUGCGAAUUCCCAAGGGUUUGCAAACAGACUUUGAUAUUCUUGGACAACUAAUUGGAAUAUUUGUAAAUAUUCCUUGCUUGGCUAGUCUCGACAUACGAAGUGUUUCAGGCAGGGGGAAGACCCUAAAUAAUGAAUAUAUACAGGAGUUCUCUCCCUCCCCCUUUUAACGUUUAGAGAUGCUACGUGUAUACAAAAAAAAUUUGUGUGAUUCUGUAUAUGCCUACUAAAAAGGAAGCCCCCCUGAGUGUAGGGGGGGUCUUCUGUCAGGAACGCGGGUGCAGGAUCUCCACCCCCACCUUCUGCCAAGCAUUACGUGGUUGUGCAUCAGGGCAGACAAAAGGUGUUUUGCUUGGAGCUCUCUAAAGAUUCCUAAAGUUUCUGCACGGGAAUCGUCCUUUCCACAUGGCUGUUUCCUUUAACAGGAAGUCGUCCCUGGUUCUGGAUCCUUCCCUUUUCAAUUGAUUACCUAAAACACAAAAGGACUGACGUGGCAAUAAGCUGAUCUGAGUUAGGUCAUGUUGACCCCAAUCCGUUUGAAGUUACCCUUUUAUUCUGUCCCUCUGUGUACCGAUGAUUGUUUGCGAUGUACGGAACGUCACGUGCGAGUGCUGCUCUGACCCCUUGCAAGACCUUAGCCGAGGCACAGAGUUCUCCGGUGGAGGAUUCCAAGCCUUGCCCAUGGAGAGGGGCCGGGGGAGGCUGGGCAGUGCCAAGCGGGGAAGAAGCCAGGUCGCGCCGGACUUUCCUGCCCCUGCAGAGGCACAGCCCCGUUUCUCAGCGGCAUGCCACGGGGCUGCCACUCUCUGCUCUGCGCUGCGUCAAGCUUGGCGAGCAACACUACAGCUGGGGUGGCCUCCCAGUGCUGUCUGCUUCCAGCCUGGGGUGCCCAGUGUUCAGCAGCAAGCAAAUCCCCUGUAAUGACAGCACUGCUGGUCGAGGCCUCCCAGAGCAAGGGCUGACAUUUUCCAACCUCCCCCAGCUUCAGAGCUACCUUUUGUCACCAUCCCUCCAUGGCGGAGUUGCCUCGGCACUUAAAGCUGCUUUAAGGGAAAAGGACUUUCCAUGUGCUUCCAGAUGGCCGUGGCCCUGGCACUUGGCUGCGUUCUCGGGGAGGCAAAAAGGACUUGGGGUGGGGUGCGGCAAGGGUGUUCUUUGAUUAAGGCUCUGACCUCCCUGCCACAAUACUCUUGUUGAGGGGAGGGCGGGGUCUCCCCUGCUAUAAUGAAGCCUUUGGAGACGUGGCUUCGGCUUUUGAGAGAGAUCCCCGCGUCCCAUCUCCCCAAAGAUGGUGCCUCAGGGCAGCAUUGGUGUGGGGGGCGUCAUUCGGGUCACCAGACCCCUUCCUGAUACUUAGAUUCCCCACCCCAGCUCGUUAGCCCAAAGCCUGCGAUGCUUUGUGACCGAUCCACAGCCCAAGCGCUGGUUGGCCAACCUUGGGCCUGCUGGGGACCGGGACUUCUCCUCCCUUCCAUGGUAGGUUCUCCCUUAGGCUCUGCUGUGUCUGUGGGUGUGAUGUGAUUGUCGUGUGUCUUCUCUCGAGCAAGGGAGACUGCGUUGGGCCUCCUCCUCCUCCUCGUACAAGCUUCUCCCAUCCGAUGCCUCAGAUUACAGCGCUCGUAAUUCCAUUUCAGGGGGCUGAAGCCCUUGCUGGUGGGGAGCUAAGGGAGCUGCGUUGUCCACCGAAGCUGAAGGCAUCAGGUUGGAGAAGGUUGGCUUAGCCUCUGGAAACUCGCUCUGGAGAGCUGGAAAGGUAUGAAUGGAAUGGGGCUGCCAUUUCCAAACAGUGUGCCCUGCCCCCCUCGAGCGUUCUUGCUGGCAAGUCUGUGGCCUGACUUUCCCCUUGAACUUUCGCAGGCUGGUGGGGAAAUGCCGAAACGGAUGGUACUUGAGCUGGGCAGAUUUUCCUGUAAACUUGAACUGUAUCCCGAGUUGUCCAGUCUUCUGGAUUUUACGUUAUUGUGACAUUUUGGAAAAUCCUAAAGUUUCUGGCAGGGAGGCAGCUUUCAAGUGGAAAUUCCAGCGCUGUUUUUUUUCCCUGGAUCCUGUUUUGCUUUGCUUGGCUUUGGAAGGAAAUUUGUGGGGUAUGGAAGUGUACGUGGUCCUGCCUCUUUUUACAUGGAAUAAUACAACUUGAUGCAAGUAUAAGGUAUUGCAGAUACUAAUUCCAGACCUUGCUAAGCGUUAUGGGUGGGGUAGUAGCUUCCUGAGGCCAAGGCAAGCCUCUGGCUAGGCCGUUCCCCAUUGGUUCUGGCCAGUGAGCUUUGCCUGCAGGCCGCCAGGUGGAGCAGCACUAUGAAUUCUGGGAACCGUGAAGCCAUCUGGGUGCGUCUGAGAAUUUGAUACGAGGUGUGCGGGAAGCGCCAUUCAAAAGCACAUGGCGUUUACGGGCUGCUCGUGAUAAUCAGGUGCUACCCUGACACUCUCUCGAAGGACCGGUGGACUUUGCGCUUUGGGUCAGCUGACCUUGGCAGUCGGUCUCUAAACGUGGCUCGCCAAAACAUCCCCCUUUGCCGGUUGGUGAAAUAAAUAACUGGCAGAACAGAUUAUUUCCACGGAACAACCGGGCUAGGAAAAAAAAGGCGUAUUUGCAGCAGAAUAGCUCAUAAACAAACAUCCCUACGAUGCAGUUUAUAAUUUUGCCCAUUUGCUAAAAGAAAGCAUUUCACAAGUAGGUGGGUUCUGGGUUUUUUCCCUCAAUUUCUCGCCUUCCCCCCACUCCGGUUUUGGCAGCCGGGAGGAUUUGUAGACUGGGUUUUUCUGCAGGUGCCCCCCCCUAUCUCCAGUGGCAGUCAGAAAUGUUGAUGGCUGCCCUUUGCACUAAAAGUGAAUGCUCCCCCAGUUGGGAGCAGCUUCAGCCUGGAAGGGCUGCAGGCCCAAUCCUGCUCCCUGGACCCUUCCCUCUGGGAAGCAGCUCUUGCGGGGUUUCGGACUCGGAGGCCAUCGCCCAAAGGAAGGGACUAGUCUUGCAAGCCCGCUACGUUCACCGCAGAAUUUGACCCACUGACUCUCUCCCCAAACUUGAUGUCCUCCCCAGUCCGUUCCCACUUUGAAACCUUUCGCAGCACCCACGUAUUUUAGCGGAGCAGGAUGUUACUGGUGGAAUUAAUUAAUCAAUUAAUUAAUUAAUCCUCCCAAACGGGGUUUUAAAAUUCUGGUAAAGUGUGCCAUCUCAGAGAUUUCUUCACUUGCGUCCGUUCUUUGGUAUUUUGAAGUCAAAGUAUCUUGGAGAGAUACUCGGGGGGAAAAAAGCCCUUUUCGGAGAGAGUGAGGAGGCGUCUCCUCCUCCAGCCUGUGCAAGUGGUAGGGGGCGCCCGGUGAGAUCCGCGUCCACCGUGGCUGGUGCCUUCCUGCAGGGAGGGACCUGCCUGUCCCCUUGCCCCUGCCCAGCCGCAUCCCAAUGGCAGCUAAGAUAAACGGGUUGCACCCUUCUCUUUCCCCUUCUUGCUGCCAAGGACGUCCAGCCCUGACUGUCUGACCUGAGAUGCUCCCAGCGCACGUUGACGGGGGGGGGGGUGAAUGCUCUGGGCCUUGAGAACAAAGGGAGUUUGCACCCUUGAAGAACAAGUACUUAAUUCUCUCUCUGGCAAGUAUUUUACGGCCGCAUUCUGUCAGGGGAAGGUAUUAAACACCUGGUGUGUCGACCGGGCGUGUCUCACGAUUCCUCAUGGGUGUCAGAAACAGCCGCGUCCUGCGAGUCCCAAACAAGCAUUGGAAGGUGUGGGGGCGGGGGGGAAAUGUUUGUAAUAAGUUAUGGGGUUGUUUUUUUGUCCUGACUUUUAAGCUUUUUGUUACAUUUGUGAAAUUUAUGGAGGAGUUUUAUAGGAAAAAGAGAACCUGAAAUAAAGUUGAAAGUCACAAUGA